CGCCACAAAAAUCAACAGUCAACUAGACACAGCUCCAGCGUGCAACAUACUGCUACAAAUUUCUCAUAAUUAAUUUUAUAUUUGACAAAAAUGAAGCUCUUUUUGCUCGCCUUAGUCGCUACGAUCGCAUUCAGCGCCUGCGUAGAGGCACAUCCACAACGCCCACGUGCACAAACUUUGGUCUACUAUCCACCACCGACACGCCCACCACGUCCCAUUUUGGUGCGUGUGGCACGUGAUGUCGGUGUUGGCGGCUCAUUGGCCAGUAAUCCACGUGGUGGCGCCGAUGCACGCUUGGACAUCGCCAAGGCAAUCGGAGAUCCUAACCACAAUGUAAUCGCUGGCGCUUUUGCUGCUGGAAACACCGAUCGCGGUCCAGUUACCACUGGCGGUUCGUUGGCUUACAAUAACAACGGUUUUGGCGCCGCAAUCUCGAAAACUCAAACCCCCGGUGUGCGCGAUACACUCACCCAAAGCGUCAAUGCGAAUCUCUUCAACAAUGGCGUACACAGCUUGGAUGCGAAUGCCUUCAAGUCACAAAAUACUCUCGCCAAUGGUUUCAAGUUCGAUCGCAAUGGUGCCGGUUUGGACUACUCGCACAUCAAUGGUCAUGGCGCCAGUCUUACGAAGAGCACUAUUCCUAACUUCGGCAGCCAAUUGGAGUUGGCCGGUAAGGCUAAUCUCUGGUCUUCACCGGAUCGUAAUACCCGCAUUGAUUUGACUGGCAGCGGUUCGAAAUGGACAAGUGGUCCACUCAGUGGACAGCGUGACUACUUCGGCGGUGUGGGUCUCACACAUAUGUUUGGUUAAGCGUUGGAGUGCGUAAUAGAGAGAGAGAACGGCAGAUAUAAGUUCCUGUUGUAUUUUAAAAAUAUUGGAAAUUGCUUUGUAAGAAAUAUGUGAGAAAUCUUAUUUAUUGUUGGUUAAAUUAAAUAAAAUUGGAAUUAAAAAA